AUGGCGUCACACGUAUGGUUAGGGGCGUACGUGACACGUCUGCGCUGCCGGAUGUUCCAAGAUGGCGGCGGCGCUUGCUGCUUUUGCUUCUGCCUGCCUGUCACCGAGGCACCGUUAAAGCCGGUUGGCGCUGCUUGUGCUACUGCUGAACGAGCGGUAAGCAGGUGAGUCCCCCCGGGGGUGUCGGGGGCGUAGGAAGGAGAGGGCGGAGUAGGCCGGUGCGGGGAUAAAGGUGGAGCCUCCAGGCUCAGCGGCAGUCUACCUGGCAGGCCCUUCCUUUCUCCCACCCUCUCUUCUAUCCGUCGCAUGCUAUUGUGGUGAAGGAGAAGGUUAUAAGGAUGAGGAUGCGGCGGUCGCGGGUGGGCUUUCUUCACGAGAAAUAAAUCAGCCUCUCAAGGCGAGGUUGUGACUUCUCUUGCAUGCACGCAGGAGGGGCCCAAGUUCGGCCCCCACUCGUGCUAAGUUAAAUAUGCUGGCAUUCUUGUUUAAUUCAGCCCUUCUAUUCAUAACCACGAGGACCCGAAAAUUAUUCUAAGGGGAGGAUGUAGCUCAGUGGUUAGAGCCUGUGAUUUGCAAGGACAGGCUCCUAUGGUGAGGCUAGGAACGUCCUGUGAGUCUGAGGCUCUCCAGUGCUGCUGCCGCUCCAUGUUGACAGUGCUGAGCUACAUGAGUCAAGUGAUGUGACUAGGUAGAAGGUAGAUUGGGAAAGGCUUCAGAUCACCAGGUAGAACAGUUGCUUUGCAUGUAGAAGGUCACAGGUUCAAUACCUAGUGGCAAUUCAAGGUAGGCCUGGGAAGGACCCACCUAUUUCUGAAACCCCAAACUGUAUUACAGCAAGUCGCUUCAAGACACCCAUGAGUGUGAGAAGCUAUAUAUAACUUAGAACAGGCUAACCAAAGUUAACUAAGUGGUUUGGGAAAGUUUAAAGGAUUUUCACCUGAAGUCUAAAAGAAUAUAAACUUGGCCUGACAUGAACCUUACAGGAACACUGGGAACUGAGUCAGACCCUUGAUCUUUCUAACUCAGUAUUGUCUACACUGAUUGGCAGCAGCUAUUCUCCAGGGUUUCAUGUUCAGAGGCCAUUCCUAACCCUAUGUGGAGAUGCCAGGAACUGAACCUGGCAUAAGGCAGGUGUUCUACCACUGAGCCACAGCCUGUCAAGAUUUUGACUUCUGCUGCAGGCACCCUCCCCCUUAAUAGAUAGCUGUGGACUCUGAAGAAGGAUAUCUGAACAUAACUGUGAGAUCUGAUUUGCACCACUAAGGAAAUUUUUGCACAGGAAAUAUAUGGAAAUGUCCUGCCAAACACUUGGCCAACUGCGUCAGAUCAACACAGCUACCUACCUGAAACUUGUGCAACUCGUACUCUUUCCAGUGAGAGAUGGCAUCACCUGUUGAGUUUCUGCUCAUCAUCCUACAGGGGGGAAAAACAGGUGCUGAGAAAAAGGGAGCCAAUCCAGGAGUGCAGUGUAAAAACAUCAGGACUGCUUUGUUGGUCUAUAUCUUAAUCCCACAUUCUGAGUCACUCAAAACAAUUAUUGGCAGUGAUAAAAAGGGUGUUUGCCUGUGAGUGUGGUUAAGAGUUGCGGGAGGGUGUGUGUGUUAUAGAGUAGUGGAUCUCCCUUGCAGACAGAAGGUAAGGUUGGGAGAAGCUCCUAUUUGAAAUCCUGGAGAUUGGUUUAGUGGUCAGAUGAGGUGAAUAGACAGGUAGCAUAUUCAGUUUGCCUGGGAAUUUCUAGCUGCCUUUUCUUUGAGCCAGGAAGCAUCCCAGCCUUUUACAACUUGUGGUUAAUAACAGCCCUGAUUUUGCUUAAAGGGACAUUUUUGGAUGAGUUGGCCUGAAGCCAAGGCCUGAAAGUCCAAACACUCAUUUCUAAAAUCUCACAUUUCUCGACUUCAUUCACUAUCACAGCCCCACACAGCUAACCAAAUGAAUUGGUCCAAUUAAAGGAUAUAUCCUGAAUCUGAUUUGACCUUUGCAACUGUGAUUUCCUUGCAGCUUGUGCACUGGGUUUAAUUCAAGUAUGAUACUGGAUGAAGUGUUUAACAUGUGUUGUAAAGAAUAAAAUCUUAUUUUCUUCAAUCAAAAAAGCAAGUCUUUGAAAGCUUUGUAAAUAUUGCUUUAAAACUUUGUGUGUUUUAAGGCGGUGCGCGUGCACACACACACACACACACCCACCCACCAAAAAGCAAACAAACAUGGAUGUUGUGAACUCCAUAAAGACAUGAAGGUGUUGCUUUUAAAAGCCAAAACUAAAUCUAGUGGCCUUUCCUGAAGGCAUCUGCAUCUGCAUUGUACUUUAUGCAGUGGUGCCUUACAAAUAGGGUAGUAUGUUCCAUGAAAUCCAGAGCCCACCCCCCCACCCCCGAUGGCAGCCCAGACUCUACCUGAAGGCAUCCUCCCCUCCCCUCCCCUCAAUUAUUGGUUCAUCGUUCCAGCUUCUCUUGCUGUCAAGAAGCUUCUUCUGACAUUGGACUGGAUUUUCUCUCUUCCUAGAACUUAAACCCAUUACUUCUAAGUAAUUUAGUCCUGCCCUCUAUGACAGCAGGGAAGAAGUCAUUUCCCCCUUCUAUAUAAUGGCCCUUCAGGGGUUUAAAGAGUACUGUAAUUCCGUCUAACAAUAUUUUCUUCUGUUGAGUAAACAUUCCAAGUUCCUCAAAACUUAUUUUUCCAUGCUGUUGACUAUUUCUCUCAUUUAGAAAUCUUAAAGGAAGUGAGUGCCCAAAACUGGACCUGGAACUUCAGAUCAAGCCUAAGUAGGGCAGAAUAAAGUGGAGCUCAUCAUGUCCAGUGUAGAUCAAUUGCAGUCAUAGACUCAUAGAGGAAGGAGCCCUGAGGAUCACAGUCAGAACCUCUGCAAUGCAGGAAUAUACAGCUGUCCCAUAUGGGGAUUGGACCUGCAACCUUUGUGUUACCAGCACCACGCUCUAACUGACUGAGCUAUCCAGGCCAGAAUCCUUUCCAUCUGCACUGCCGCCAAGUCAUACUGUACGUGGGCAUUUGAUCCACAUGUAGUCCCUCCUCCCCACUCAGAACUCUUGAUUUGGCACUCUGAAUGUCUCCCUUUUAAUAAAAAUUAAACUAGGUCAUACUUAAACAAAAUAUCCCAGGGGAAGUUUGUAUUGGAGAAGCUUAUCAGAAAGGGUGAUGCUAUUCUACCUUUCUUGGAAGAUUGUUCAGAGCUGGAGAAAUUCCAAGCUCAUCUUCAGACACCCCUGUGACUCCCAUCAAGAUCCACUGAUCCCAUUCUUUUUCAUUUUAAAAAUGGAGGGAAUUUUGCCUUUCUCUUUGGUUGGAAGGGUUGCCCGUUUUGUUGUGUGCAUACCUGUUUGAGGGUGGGGGAGUUCUAAGCAAUAUCCAUUUUUUCUUCUCUGAAAUAGGCAUUUUGCAGUGAUCACAACAACUUCUUAGCUUUCCAGAAAGACUGGGGCUCCCUUGCUUUGGGGUUCUAGGAGCACGUAAUAGUGCAGUGCAUUUCAGAUGAAAGAUUUUAGUUCUGAUCUAAAACCUCAGGGCAGCCAUGAAAGUAAGCCUAGGAAAGCCCACUGUCAUGUUUGCUAGCUUUCCAGGCUUCACAUGCCAAGAUUAGUUGUUUGGUACAACACUGUGGCCUAAAAUGAGAGGAAGAAAGCAAGGCUUUUCUAAAGUGGGGGAGCAUUGUUGUUGUUCAAGCACAAUUGAAGCAACCAUGAUCAGGGAUGCUGUGUGUGUGGAGGUCAUCCCUCAACAUCUGGAGGGCCACUGUUUAGUUGGACCUCUUUUUUAUGAUUAAUACACCCCACCAAGUUGCUUGCACAGAAACUUAGAGGUGAUGAGGAGAGUGCCUGUUUACACAUUUGCAGCAGGGCCUCCCUAAUUUCAGGACAUAGCCCCCUUGAUUCCAGUGAGUUACCAAGCUAGGUGUAAACGCUCACUGCAGGGUUGCAUUUCCAAAGGGCUGACGUUUAGCAGGGUUUUGCUUAUUAUGAGACCCUCUUCAUUUUAAGAAGGCUUCUGUCUUGAUAGAGUAGCACUUGAAAUUGUUUAGUGGGAGCACCUGGCUAUAAGGCAUGUGCUUCAAUGGACUUCCUUUUCAAUGCAGCCUUCUAUGAAUGGAGAGCUAUUUUCAGAUUCUCACAGUAAAAAAUUAAUUGGCAGCAAAUGAAAAAUGAACUUAAAUAAUAUAUGCAAGUCAAUGAUGUGGACUUAAAUAAUAUAUGCAAGUUAAUGAUGUGGACAACUUCCCACUCUGUUUUUCUAUGAUUAAUUUUCAGCUUUUGGAAACAGGAUAUUUCUUUUUUAAAAAUUAUGUUAUACUUCAUAAACAUUAAUGUAGCAAUGAAGGAUUUCCUUGUUUCUCCAGAACUUGUUGAUGUUAACAACUCUUCAAGCAUGCUAAAAUUGACAUGUUGAAUUUUCUGUGCCUUCCUUUCCCCUCCCCUUAAAGUCUAAUGUGGUAGAAAAACAUCCUGUUGAGUUGUCACAUUUUAAAAUAUUUACAAACAUUCCAAAAAAUAAUAAUUCAUGAGUAAACAUUUGCAUUUUUAAUUGUGAUGAACAAGAUGACCAAAAAAUCAUCUUGCAUAGGAAAUAACCCUGUACUGGACUUGUUCCUCGAAUUCUUUGGAUGACAGUAUUUCAGUAAACACUCAAAAGGAUCACCCCCCCAUCAUAACGGUGACUUCUGGCAAUGCUUAGUUCACACUUCUUAUGAAGUAGGAAGCCUCUUUAACUCUUUGUCUUCUUUCUCUCUCUCUCUCUCUCUCUCUCUCCUUUGCAGUGAGUGCAUGAAGUGA